AUGGCCCUCAACAUCACUGCCUCGUUGAUCAGUGACAGCCUGUGGGGCAGUUUCGGGUUGAACCCGAACGGCAACUGCCAGGCGAUCUAUGGCAUCUCAGGAUGUACAGCAGAAGAGAGAGAUCUUCUGUUCGGUAACUUGACAGCGUAUGGGCUGAGGAUGCAGCCUGCCGAGCCGAAAGGAAGGAUCAUCGUGUUUGGAGCGAGAGGAGGAGAUGACAAAUCUCCUGGUUUUGAUCACAGGAAAGAUACCAUCCCCAUCUGCAACAGCCUGAUUGAGCUGGGCUGGUGGGCCAUGCCUGUGUUCUACUCAGACUCUGCAUAUGAUCUCAUUGUCAAGUAUGCGUCGCAAGGAGUGGAUGGGUACAUCUCACGAGUGAACCCGGAUGUGUACGACGACUUCACCAUCUCAAAGUACGAGAACCUGCUCGGGACUCUUGCGGACACCUAUGGCCUCGCUGGCAUGGCACAUCCUCAGCUGAUCAGCAAGUUCGGGUCCAAGGACGCGCUCGCCAAGAUCGCUCCUCUUCGCACAGGACUGCCCGACACUUUUGCUUACUACGAUCGGGAAACAUGGAGAGAGAAGUUCCCGACCACCAUCUCACAGGGCCCUAGGGUGGUGAAGCAGAACAGGGGAUCGCAAGGAGAAGGGAUCUGGAUCGUGAAGCUCAAGGACCCGAGCCUCUGGAGGAAAAACCAUUCGCUGGACCUCGGGACUGAGCUCGAGUUGACAGAGGCUGUUGAUAACCAUGUCGAGUACAUGCAGCUCGGAGAAUUCCUCACGUUCGCUGAGAGGUAUCUCGAGGGAGGCGUUGAGAACGGAGCUCAGCUGAUCGAUCAAGCCUUCAUGCCUCGAAUCUCGGAGGGAGAGGUCCGUGUCCUGUUCAUCGGAGCGAAGCCGGUGGAGAUUCUGCACAAGAAACCAAAGGAGGGAGGAGUGUCCGCCACGUUGAAGAGCGGAGCUACCUACACUAGAUACGAGCCCGACGAUCCCACGUUUGCAAGGCUCAUGCACUCCUUCGUCAACAGGGAUCUGAAGAACCUGUUGCCUCUCCUGGGCAUGCACAACCAUCCCCUUCCCCUCCUCUGGACUGCUGACUUCAUUCUGGGAGGACCAAGGCCUCCAUGGGUUGACGGAAAGGACUACUACUUCAUCGGCGAGCUCAACUGCGCGUGUGUGGGCAUUACCACCCAGCUGCACUUGACCUCCCUGGUGGCGGUGGAGGCGAUUAGGAUCUCCGAGGAGAACAGGAGGAUGAAACAUUCAUGUAACGCAAGCAGGAUCUGA